AAUGUACUCGUAAGUCAACAGAAGAAGAAGAAGCUAGAACAACAGUCUCGUUCCGCCAUUUUCCUCCUUUUGGCUGCUCUGCGGUCGGUUUUUCUGAUUGUUUUGUGUUUUACUCAAACAACAAACUGAUAAUCUUUUAAAUCUGAAGCUCUGCCUGAGCGCGAGGCGGGAGUGACGUCAGAUUUGCUGCAAUGGCGGCCGACCGGCGCGAAGACAAAGAUGGAGAGUUAAAUGUUCUGGAAGAUAUUCUGACCGAAGCUCCGGAUCAGGACGACGAGCUCUACAACCCGGAGACGGAAAGAGCCGUCAGCGACAAGAAAGGAACAAAAAGGAAGAGUGAAGGCUCAGGUAGUCAGGACCUGAAGAGGCUCCGCCCCUCUAUCGGCCACGCCCCUUCCAGAUCUUCCUCCACCAAUAAGAGAGCCCCGGGGGCACCUCUUUCCUCCUCCAAAAAGGUGUCGUCCAGCCCCCGCGCCCGCCACGCCGCCCCCGCCAGCUUCCGCCACGAGUACUAUGAGGACCGAAAGGGGCGGCGAGGAGCACGAGAGGCGACCAGGAGCCGCGGAGGAGAGGAGGUCCGACGGAGAGAGUCCCAGAGAGGCGUGGAGGGUCUGAGCCAGAAGUUGCGGCGGACUAGUCCUGCCCCCAACGAGAGCGAGCACCAAUCCGAAGGGGAGAGACCGACAGAGUACGCCUCAGAGCUGGGCUCAGGUAGCUCCUCCCCCACCGCCUCCCACGCAGAGGAAGAGGAGGAUGAGGAAGAGGAUGAGGAGGAGGAGGAAGAAGAAGAGGAGGGCAUGGAGGAGGAGGAGGACGAUGACGAGGAGGAGGAAGGAGAGAAGGAAGAGGAUGAGGAUGAGGAGUACGAGCGCCGCGGCGAGGGGAACGACUACGACACUCGCAGCGAGGCCGGGGACUCCCGCUCCGCCUCCUCCAUCAGCUUCACCGACGAAGGCGAGUCGUUGCACUCGGGCUCCGGCUCUGAGGCCUCAGGUUCAGAGAAGAAGCACGAGAAGCUGUCGUCUUCGGUCCGAGCUGUUCGCAAAGGAAUGGAGAAUCCCGCCACUAAGUUACGUUACAUCCUGCGAGAUGCUCGGUUCUUCCUCAUAAAGAGCAACAACCACGAGAACGUGUCUCUGGCUAAAGCUAAGGGCGUCUGGUCCACGCUGCCGGUGAACGAGAAGAAGCUGAACGCUGCAUUCCGCUCGGCCCGGAGCGUCGUCCUCGUCUUCUCCGUUAGGGAGAGCGGGAAAUUCCAAGGUUUCGCCCGGUUGGCGUCGGAGUCUCAUCACGGGGGAUCGCCGAUCCACUGGGUUCUUCCCGCUGGCAUGAACGCCAAGAUGCUAGGCGGAGUCUUCAAGAUAGACUGGCUGUGCAGGAGAGAGCUUCCCUUCACCAAAACCGCUCACCUGUCCAACCCCUGGAACGAACACAAGCCCGUCAAAAUCGGACGCGACGGACAGGAGAUCCAACCAGAAGUUGGCGCUCAGCUCUGCGCCCUGUUCCCAUUGGACGAGAGUGUGGACGUCCACCAAGUGGCUCGAUGCGUUCGCCACAAGCGCCGGACGCCGUCAGAGCCGCGACCUCGGGGCCGACCGCCGCAACGCGAGCCGGGAAGGCGUCGCCCUGAAGAGUACGACCUUCACGGCAGGAAACGACCUCGAGCCGACGGCCCGCCGGACUUCAGCCAGCGAGCAGGGUUCAUCCAGGACCUUCGCAACCAGCCGGUGGACAGACGUUUCUCCAACGUCAGACGAGACGUUUUUCUCAACGGGUCCUACAACGACUACAUGCGGGAUUAUCAUCACAGCGUCGGCCCUCCGGCUCCCUGGCAGACUCUGCAGGCAACUUACCCCGGCGUGGAGCAGCCGCCCCCCCACCACAACAAAUAUUACCAGGACAACCACCCCCCGCCUCCGCCUCACCAAGCCUACCAUCACCACCACCACCCCCCAUUGCCGCCGCACGAAGCUCCGCCCCCUCGCUUUAGAGACAAGCAGCGUGCGCCUCAGCACCGCGCCUUCACCUCCAGCCCGCACGACUACGACAUGCGCGUGGACGACUUCCUGCGGAGGACCCAAGCGGUGGUGAGCAGUCGGCGAGAGCGCGAGCGGCAGCGUGAACGCGAGCGCGGAGGACCCCGGCGCGAGAGGGAGCGCGAGCGAGGGAGGGACAGAGAGCGAGAGAGAGAGAGGGACAAGGAGAGGGGUCGGUAUCGCAGGUGAUCCCAUGAUGUUGUGUCCUGUUGGCCUGCUAGGGCUUUUAUUUUGAAAGUCAUGUAUUUUUUGGGCUGGGUACCUGUUUUAUGUUGUUAUGAACAAAAACGAGCAAGUUGAUGAUCAUCUGCAUCAUGACUUUUUAUGAGAAUAAAAUAUCGAAUUAAAAAAACAUUUAUUUUGAUGAUCUCGCGUAACAACAGAAGUGACAUCACAGCACAGGAACACGCGUGACCAGGUGCCGUCAUGCAAGUUCUUUCUCUUGAACAUUCACUGUUUCACAGAAUCCUCUCUGUGCAGCUCUUGAACAACAGAAAACGACAGCUGUUUCAUUAUUUUUUUUAGAGGUUCUCAACCUGAGAGUCGAGGCCUUUUGAGGAGCCAGACGAGUCGCGGGAAGAUAAACAGGAAACACAAAACAUUUAUUUCAAUUUUUUCUCUAAUUGUUUUAUUGUUAAAAAAAAUCUCAAAAUAUCUUCAAGUGAAAUGUGAAGGGAAAGAAAAUAAUUUAAAACCUGAGGAGAAAAGUUUGACUGCAUAGAUGUUCCUUCUUUUUAUAGAUUUUUUUUUUUUGGUCUUUUUUGUUUUGUUUAAUGUUAUUUGUUACAGCUUAUUUAUUUUUUCUUAGGUUUAUUUUGUAUUUUACUUCCUGAACAGUGAAUAUCUUUAUCGUCAGUAUGAAGUGAAUCCUGGUGUCAUAAUUCUGGAUUUCUGUAUGGUUCCGUCACAGAAGAGUCACGCUUAUUUUUACUCUGGAUCGCUUCCUGUUGGUUCCUGUUUUCAUGAAUUAAAAGUACAAAUUCCUUAUUUUCUGCUCUCUGAUUCGCCAUCAACACGGUAACUGAACGUCCAACUGAUUAGUUUUAUUUUGUAUUGAUCAGCAGAGGGUGAAAUGAAUCUGUUUUUAAAGUGUUAAAGUGAAAGGGUAAAGUAAAGAUUUAAUCCUUUUGCUUCUGAAUUUAGGGGUCGGAGCUUGUUUUGUUUGUACAAAAUGAAAACAAUAAAACCGUAAAUAAAACAAGUCAGCUCAUUUCUUUAAA